AUGUUUCUUUUAAUUGAUUCGAUCAGUUCGAGAACACAAUCAACAGUAGUAUGUCCAACAGGCACUUGGAAUAGUACUUAUCGAACAUUAGCAGGUACAUUCAAUCAAGUAGGAAGUUCAUCAACACUACUUUAUUAUCCAUAUCGUGCCGCGUUUGAUGCAAGUAAUACAAUGUAUGUAGCUGAUCAGUAUAAUCAGCGCAUUCUAAAAUAUGUUGGUGGAUCAACAUCAGGAACAGCCGUUACAGGUUUAUCUUUAUCAUAUCCAACUGAUGUUUAUGUUGACAAUACUAAUAUUAUAUAUAUAUUGGACACUAACAAUUACAGAGUAUUGCGUUGGAAUAGUGGCGUUGUUACCGUAGUAGCUGGUGGUCGUGGCGCCGGUUCAACAUAUGAUAGAAUGUCGACAAGUUAUUCUAUGUUUAUUGAUUCGUCUUCUAAUAUAUAUGUAUCAGAUUAUGGAAAUCAUCGUGUUGUGUUAUGGUCAGCUGGAAAUUCAAAUAUGAGUCAAUUGGUUGCAGGUGGAUACGGAGCUGGAGGCGCAUCAUAUCAGUUGUAUUAUCCUUUUGGAAUCUAUGUUGACAGUGCUAGGAUUUUAUAUGUUGCUGAUUGUUAUAAUCAUCGUAUCCAGCAAUGGUAUCCCGGUGCAGCUGUAGGAAACACAGUUGCAGGUCAGUCAGGCGUAUCGGGUUCAUGGUCAUAUCAAUUAAGUUAUCCAACAUCGGUUAUUUAUGAUCAAUAUAAUUAUCUUUAUAUUCUUGAUGGUAACAAUGAUAGAGUUCAACGUUGGGUUCUCGGAGCAACCUAUGGAAUAACUGUUGCAGCAACAUCAAUGUCUAGUCCACGAGGAUUAACUUUUGAUUCUUUUGGAAAUAUUGUUAUAGCUGAUUCUGACUAUCAUAGAAUUAUUUCAUAUGCUAUGUACUGUCCUCAAGCAACAAUGCCAGUGUGUUCAACAGCUGUUUGGAAUCAAAGUUUUGCAAUUUUAGCUGGAUCAUCAGGAAAUGCUGGAUCAUCAUCAACUUAUCUUUACUAUCCAUAUAGUUCAUUUAUUGAUAUAUAUGGAAAUCUUUAUGUUGUUGAUUAUUAUAAUCAUAGAAUUCAAUAUUUUCUAAGAGGUGUGACAACAGGGACAACAGUUGCUGGUAUAACAUCAAGUGCUGGCUCAAGUUAUUCUCAAUUAUAUUAUCCAUCAGAUAUUUAUGUUGAUUCAAAUGGAAUAAUGUACAUAUUAGAUACAACUAAUUGCCGUAUACUUCAAUGGAUUCGUGGACAACCACUUGGUUUUGUUAUUGCUGGUGGUCAUGGUUGUGGAUCAGCAUUAACUCAAAUUGAUACUAGUUAUUCUAUGUUUAUUGAUAAUCAAUAUAAUAUUUAUAUAUCAGAAUAUGCAAAUCAUAGA